AAUGCUUUCAUAUUAACAACAAGAACUUAUUGAAUUACUUUAGAGUCAUUCAAACAUAGCCAUAGAUCGCUAAUUGAUAAGUUAAUUGUAUAAUAAAUGUUUGCAAGAUGUAAAUAGCUCAAUUAGUAUUAUAGCAUAAGUAAUGUACACUUCAGUAAUUUGAGAAGGUUUACAGGGAUGCAAUUUAGUUAUUGAGUCAGAAAAUAGCAAAUUCAAAAUAAUAAUUAAUAGAGGAACAGGAUAAUUUAGUAGCAAUAGAUGAGAGAUUAAAAAAUACAUAAUUGAUUAAUAAUAAUAAUCAUAGAACUCCUAUGAGAUUAAUAUUACAUUCAGCAUCAAUAUUGAAUUUGUAAGUGCAUAACAAGUUUAUGGUUGGAUAAUAUGCAUUUUACAUGAAGAUAGAGGAUUACUAUGAAUUUGAAAGUGAUUAUAAACCAAGUUAUAAUUUACAAUUCUAAUUAAAUCAAACAAUUGAUAUUUUAGAUGUUGGUGAUAGUAUUCUAUUGUCUUUGAAUACAGAUAGUUAAAAUUAGAUGAAUACUACUAUUGUAAUACCAACAUAUUCCUUAUAAUUUAAUAAAAAUGUGACUGAAUUAUUAACUUAGAAAGAGAAUGGGGAAUUAUUGGAAAUUGAAAUUACUUAUGAAAUUAAAGUUUUAGAUUAGAAAUUAUUGAAUCUUUAAUUAAAUUAAGCUCGUACUCUUGUUAUAUCAUAUAUCAAGAAAUUUGAAGAUGAAUUAGAAGAUUAUUCAUUGUAAUUACAGGAUUUGAGAUAGAUUAAGAUACCAUACAAUAAUGAGAUUGCUAAUGAAUUAAAUGAUGGAUAAAAUAAUCAUCAUAAUAGAUAAGAGUAAUCACACAAUACAUAUACAAUUGGAGUUCCAGAUUAUUAUCAUAAACCUUUAGAAUUAUAGAGUCAAGAUUGCUAAUUAAAUCCUCAAGUUUAGGAAAGACAAUCAAGUAUUAUACCUUACAUAUUUGGAAUAAUUUUAGCUUCAUUUAGUAAUAUUUUUAUAAAUAUGUUAUUUGAAUUAUCGUUUUUGAUGAUUAUUUUAAUAGUGAUUUUAAAAGAUGAUAGAACAAAUAUAUUUACAAAAUUAAUGAUUCUAUUAUCAUGGAUAAUGUUUGGAUUAAAUUUAUGGUUGUAUUAAUCAUAGAAUAUGAUCAACAUAAAAAAUAUAUAAAUAGGAUGCUUAGGAUUAUGUAUAUUAUAAUUAUAUAAAAUUUAUUUAAUUUUUUUAUGAUAAAAUAAAUAAUAACUACACCUUUGUUCUAUGUCAAUGCAUAACCACAUAUAGGUCAUCUUUAUUCAAUGAUAUAUGCAGAUGCUAUUUCUAAGUAUAAAUCUGUAGAAUUGCUGACAGGAACUGAUGAACAUGGAUUGAAAGUUUACAGAAGUGUCAAAAAUCAACCACUCUAAUAAUAUUGUGAUUCCAUUUCAGAUCAAUUUAAAUAAUUAGCUAAUUCAUUUAUUAAGUAUGAUCAAUUUGUCAGAACUACUAAUCCUUAACAUAUUAUUAAAGUUUAAAAAUAUUGGAAUCUACUCUAAAAUAAUGGAUUUAUUAUGAAAGACAUUUAUAAAGGAUAUUAUUGUUAAGUAGAAGAAUAAUUUGUGAAUCAUAAAACUGAUCAAUAUUUGGAAGAAGAUAAUUACUUUUUCAAAGUUGAUAAAGAUUAUUUAGAGAUUUGCAUUAAAAAAGCACCAUCUAGGUAUUAAAAUGAAUUAAAACAGUUGAUAAUUAAUAGUAUUUGUAUCAGCAGACCUAAAUAGAGAUAAUAUUGGGGAAUUGAGGUUCCUAAUGAUACUAAUUAAUUGAUUUAUGUAUGGUUGGAUGCUUUAUUAGGUUAUUUAUAAGAAGAGUAACAUCAUUACAUGCAUGUGAUAGGCAAAGAUAUAGUAAGAUUUCAUGCAUUAUAUUGGCCUUGUUUUUUAAAAGGAAUCAAUAAUGAAUCUACAACUGAAUUAAUUGUUCAUAAUCAUUGGAUUAGAAAUAAUGUAAAUUUAAUAUAAUAAUUAAGAUGAAAAUGUCUAAAUCACUUGGAAAUGUUAUUGAUCCAUUUUAAUUAUUAAAAAAAUAUAACUAAGAUCAAAUUAGAUUAUACUUUCUUACUUAAGGUCCUUAAAAUAUGGAUGUUUCAUUUGAAGAACAUAAAUUAGAGAAAUGUUGGAAUACUUAUAUUGAUCAAUUUAAUAAUAUAUUAUUUAGAUUAUUCAGACCAAAGAUAAUAUCACCAAAUCUAUUAAUAUUAUAAUAACAUUUAUUAGAGGAUCAAUUAUUAUAUACCAAAUAAACAUUUCUGGAAUUAUAUAAAAAUAUUAAGGCAUUUUUAGAUAAAAAUUUAUUUAUUGAAGGAUAUUUAGAAUUAUAAAAGAUAUUUGUACUUAUUAAUACUUUAAUUGAUAAGUAUUAACCAUGGAAAAUGUAAGUAUAAUUUUAAAAAGAACAAUUUUUAAGUUUUAUUUGCAUUAUAAUAUCUAUGACUUAAUAAAUUUUAAAUUUAUAUGUUUAAACUUCUAAUAUCAUAAGUCCUUAAUUUAUAGAAUUCCCAUAAAAUAAUAAUGUUUAAAUAAUAGUGGAUUUAGAGUAGGAUUUAAGAUUAAAAAGAUUCAUCAUUAAUUGA